UCCAACCAACUGUCAUGUGAAUGGUGUACCACCAUAGUAGUUUUUAAGAUUUUAGGAAACUUUUUCUAAUAUUUCAUUAUCUAUGAAAAUGAAUAUCUGUAAUUUAAAAAGGAUAAUCCAUACCGGUUGUGAUCAGAAAAUUACUUAAAACUAACUUAGGCCUAGUUUAUAACAUUCAGGAUUCUUUGUUAGUGAGGCUGUAACUUAAUCUUUACUUGUUUUUUGUUAACAAUGCCUAGAAUAUCACUAACUGGUAACGGUUUGAGAAAUUCUUUCUCUAAUACAUUUUCCGACGUGCUUUCAAAAUGGAGAAAUUGGAUAAAGGCCGCUGUUAUGGUUAUUUAUGGAAUAUUCAUGUUACUCUUGAUACCUAAACUUAUCAUUCAUUCAUUUGAUCAAAAGAAGAAAAAUCCUGAUCCUGCAGCUUACAUUGGAGGUUUUUUUGCUGUACUGACUAUUCCGAUAUCUCUCACAGAAAUAAUUCAACAUAUGAUACAUUAUUCCAGCCCUCCUCUUCAGCUUCAUAUUAUCAGGAUUUUAUGGAUGGUACCUAUUUACACUCUUAAUGCGUGGAUGGGAAUAAUUUAUCCGGAUCAGACAAUAUUCAUGGAUUCAUUCAGAGAGUGUUAUGAGGCCUACGUAAUCUACAACUUUAUGAUGUACCUGCUGAACUACUUGAAUGCUGAGUCUGAUUUUGAGACUCAACUAGCUACCAAGCCACAAGUAAACCACAUUUUUCCUUUCUGCUGGCUUAGUCCAUGGAAAAUGGGCAGAGAGCUGGUCCACAACUGUAAACAUGGGAUUCUGCAGUACACAGUAGUCCGACCUCUCACCACAGCAAUUGCAUUGUUAUGUGACCUGUGUGGUGUGUAUGGUGAAGGGGAGUUUGAAGGAGACAAGGCGUUCCCAUACAUCAUUGCAGUUAACAACUGCUCACAGUUCAUUGCUAUGUACUGUCUGGUCCUGUUCUACAAAGCAAAUCGUGACCAGCUUCGUCCAAUGAAACCCAUCGGAAAAUUUCUGUGCAUCAAGGCUGUGGUUUUCUUUUCAUUUUUUCAAGGAGUUGUUAUUGCUGUGUUGGUGUAUAUGAAUGUGAUUUCCUCAGUCUUUGAAACGGACAGUGAUGAUGAUGUCAGAGAUAUAUCGUCUAAGAUUCAGAACUUUUUGAUCUGUAUAGAAAUGUUUUUUGCUGCCAUCGCUCACCGCUACAGUUUCUCCCAUAAGCCGUACGAGGACGGGAUGCUGCAACAUCAGACUCUGUGCGAGACACUCAUGGCUAUGUGGGACCUGAGAGAUGUACAUGACAACAUCAAGGAGCACUUCACAGUUGUAGGCAGUGGACUGGAGAGUGGUCUAAACACACUGAAGAGAGCGAGGUCUGAGACGAGUCCGCUGUUGGCCGAUGUGUCUCGCAGCAUGGAGUCUGGCUACCAGAGCUUUACUGACAUCCUCAACACAGCGGAAGGAGCUGUGGUGGAAGGGGCAGCUCACAAAGACGAGGAUGAUGAUCCCGAGGCGGAACUACAUCCAACACCUUACCAGGAGAUAGACUCUGAUACUGCCAUUGCCUAGAUACAGCAGUUGAACUUCUUCCAAACAUUCCAGAAAUGACUGCUAGCCUGUAUAUAUUUGUCCGCUGUUAUACAGUCUCGUCAUGUACUUUUGACACAUUCAGCUCUCUUCUUAUUAUAAUUUUUUCAAGAAGAGAAAUAUUAUAGAUAAGUAUUAUUUGUUAAAGCUUUAAAUUUUUUAUUUGUACAAUUAGUAUUUUAUGUUACUAUUUGUAUGAUUUCUAGUUACUAUCUAAUAGUACCAAUACACUUUCCUAAUAGGCCUGAACAGUAUACCUUACUCCAUAAAAUAUUAAUGAGUACAAUUUAGUUAAUGAGUACAAAAGCAGUUAAGAAUAGUUGAGAGUAUUUUGAAAAUGUUUGCUCUUAUUUUCUAACUGAAAACAAAAAUUGAAGUUAUUGCAAUAUUUCCCCUUACUCUAAUUAAAGGAUUUUAGUUAAUCUAAAUUUCUAUUUUCAAACCUUUAUCCUAAUUUAAUUUUGCUUACAUUUUACACAUUAGCAAAUUAUGUAUUUCCUCCUAAGUAAAAACUUAACAUAUAUUUGUACAAUCUUAGUUAAUUAAUUGUUUGAAAUUAAAACAGAAAACUUCUUUAACAAUUAAUAUUAAAUCAAAAGAAGCAAAUAAGGCAGCGCUUGUCAAGAGAUUCCAUCAUAAAAACUCUAGAACAAAAAAAGUUUACAGGAUUCCUUCUCGUAGAAGACACUUAGAAUUGAAUUAUAAAAUGUGUGUGUUAAAAUAAAAUACACUGAUUACAGUAUAUUUACAAACAAUAAAAAUAUGUAUUAAAUUCAAAUUCAGCCUACUUUUAAACAUGUACAAUCAAGUAUACACGAAUGGUGCACAGAAAGCCAUUAUUACAUUCUUGACACAGUAAAAAAAAUAAUUUAAUACACCUUUGUGCUGUAGUUUUUCUAAAUAAAUAAUUGAAUAGAAAUAACACUCUUCACAAGAAGAAUUUGUUAAACUGCAUAGCUCUUUAUUAACAAGAAAUAUGUUUAGCUUUAUUUCAAAACCUUUACUUGCUCUCAUCAGCUUUUAUUCUGUCUCAGAAAUGGUAUAAUACUUAAACCAGAAAACAGUUGAAUUUUUGUUUGAUACUGCUUUUAUAGUAUUAUUGAUUUGGAAAUGUUCUCCAUUUCUAGUAUUAUAUGUAUGUUAAGUAAUAUUAAAACAGAUCAUACUUAGGACGGAAAUUUUACUGGCACUUGCAGAAUGCAGAGUGCCAUGUAAAUAAACAUUUGUAUCAAUGAUGCCAACUAUAACAUAACAUAAGAUAUUGUUUAUGGAUUGUUUUAGUUGUAAUAGCCUAAUAUGAAUCUGAGACCAAACUUCUGAAAAAUUAGUAAAACAAAAUCAAAUCUUGAAAUGAUUUUUAUCUCAAUGAAAUAAUAUUAGGUAAUACUACAUGCAUACACCACUAUUUUUCUUAAAACUUAAUAUUUUUAGUUUGUAAAAAGUGUAGCCAUAUAUGUAAUAUUUAUAAGUCUGCUGAACAAUUAAGUUAAGUUUUAAAUUGUGACUUAAUUUAUUCAACUGAUAAACUACAAUUUACCAUUGAUCAAGUGUUCUUCCUCUUAUGGCAAAGUGUUUGUUUAAACAUAAUUUAUUUGGCUUUAUUUGUUUAAUAAUUCGUUUACAUUCCUUUAUUUAGAGGUUAUAUUUAUAUUAGGCUACUAUUAUAUUAUUUAUUAGUGUUGUAGAGCUUUAUUUUAAAAACAUUCUAUUAACUUGUUUUGUUACUAUGAGAGAAUAACAUUGUUGUUUACAAUUUUGUUAAUAGUUUUGAUGAUCAGAAGUACUAGUCUGUUAUGUGUAUCUAUAUUACUUUUUGUAUGAAAAGUUUCUAUAAGAAGAUUUUAACUAUAAAAUGUGUGAAUUUUUAAAUUAUUAUUAAUCAAUAUAUUAUACAAAUUUUACUUUUUUGCCAAAACAUACAAGUAAUAUUAUGAUAAACAAUACCUUAUUUUUAAGUAUCAAUAAAGUACCUAUUCUAAUAUACGUUUAGUGCCAUUGUCAUCACAUUGAAUGUUUUAGCCACACAAGAUUAGUUUAUUUUAGAAAUGUAUAGUUUCAUAUUUUUAUAGACAGUAGUGUUUUUAAAAUACAGUAUUUAUGAACAAAA